UUGAAAAUGCAGCUGGCACAGUGAGGUUGUGGACAAGGAUGGUACCCAUUGCCUGAGCAGGAGCCUAUGCUCAGGAGACAAGGAACCCUGCUCACUGCACAAGUAUUAGCUGAUCACAAAGGCUCCUAUCUGUAUGCCAAGCCAGACUUCCAAAGAGAGAUCAGAAUCCCCAUCAUCAUGAACUGGAACACGAUCAUCUCGGGGUUUGUUAUAGUAGUGAUUAAAGCCGCUGGAAUGACCGUAUUUCUGCUGUAUUUCCCACAGGUUUUUGGCAAGAGUAAUGAUGGCUUCAUCCCCACGGAGAGCUAUGGAACCACUAAUGUGCAGAAUGUCUCACAGAUCUUUGGGAGAAAUAAUGAAAGUGUCAUGCCCACAAGGAGCCAUGGAACAGCCUGCCCCAAAGACUGGGAUCUUCAUCAAGGGAGAUGCUUCUUCUUCUCCACCUCUGAAUCAUCUUGGAAUAACAGCAGGGAUGACUGUGCAACCAGAGGAUCCACACUGGCAGUUGUCGACACACCAGAGAAACUGAAGUAUCUUCAGGACAUAGCUGAUGCCGAGAAGUACUUUGUGGGUUUGACACGUCAGUCGGGAGGAAAAAGGUGGCGCUGGGUCAACAACUCUGUAUUCAAUGGCAAUGUUACGAACGAGAAUCAGAACUUCCACUGCGUCACUAUAGGCCUGACAAAGACAUUUGAUGCUGCAUCAUGUGACAUCAGCUAUCGCUGGAUCUGUGAGAGGACUCCCAGAUAA